GUGAAUGUGUUCUUUCCGUUUCCUAUAUUUGUGGCUUUCCACUUAAUGACUUGAAUCUUCUCUCAAUUCUGGAGUUGACUUCAUUUGCUUUCCAAACACGACAGAUUUCAAGCGAGACUUUCAAAAUCGUACUUGCCUGACAUCAUUGACGCCACCUCCACAAGAACUGAAAUCCCAAAAUGCCGACUCCUUUAGACAAGGCUCUGAAUUCGAAGAAAGCAGUCAUCGUCUUCGGUAGCAUCGUGACAGCAGUUGCCGCAUGGUCUAUUUGGGGACAAGAUAUGUUCCCAAAGGAAGGAGACCCUACUGGUGAUCCAGAGAAAUGGACCAGGGAAGAGUUGCGGCGGUGGCUGGCAGCAAGAAAUCUCCACCCAAGUCCGAAUGAUACUGACGAGCAACUGCUUGAGAGGGUAAAAGCCAACAUGCGUGCUCCGCGAGUCUAGCUAAGGAUUCGACCCUCAGCUCGAGGAAGAAUGAGUUUCGGACUUCAGCAGCAGGUCCUGACGGGCCUUUCUUCUGGAAACGAGAAAACCGUCCUUGUUUCUGGAUUGCGGCUGGACUCCCUGGCUCUCUAAGCCAUGUUAACUUAUUAGAAGGCUACCAGAGAAAGCCUCAAAAUGAGCCAGAAUGUUCUUCACAAGCAGGAGCAAUCACAAAGCCCGUAUUUAUCAUUCAAAUCACGAAUUACUUGGCUGCCAUUGAAAGCCAUCGCAUUUAUGUUCUAUUUGUCAAAUUUGCCCUUGCUUGCUCUCCCUCCUGUCGUGGCAAAUUGUUGAAAUCAAUGCGCGUGGAAAGAACCGUAUUUGCAGAAAUCCGAAUUCGUGUGAAAUAGUGAAAGUCUCGCCGAAGGGAAAAUUCUGCAGCUUGCUCUCGCCAAGACUCAGGCGUUACAGCCACUGCCGAGGAGGGCAACGAUCUCUGC